AUUUAAAAAUAAACCCAACCUUUAGCAGCCUUUGACGAUGCAGUGGAGGAACGUGUGAUCAACGAAGAGUAUAAAAUAUGGAAAAAGAAUACGCCCUUCUUAUAUGAUCUGGUAAUGACCCAUGCGCUGGAAUGGCCCAGCUUGACUGCUCAGUGGCUUCCUGAUGUGACAAGACCCGAGGGCAAAGACUUCAGUAUUCAUCGGUUAGUCCUGGGGACCCAUACCUCAGAUGAACAAAAUCAUCUUGUGAUAGCUAGUGUGCAGUUGCCUAACGAUGAUGCACAGUUCGAUGCUUCGCACUAUGAUAGUGAGAAAGGAGAAUUUGGAGGCUUUGGGUCAGUUAGCGGGAAGAUUGAAAUUGAGAUCAAGAUCAAUCACGAGGGAGAAGUUAACAGAGCACGUUACAUGCCGCAAAACCCCUGCAUAAUUGCCACCAAGACACCAUCCAGUGAUGUUCUUGUCUUUGAUUACACCAAGCACCCUUCUAAACCAGAUCCUUCUGGGGAGUGUAACCCUGACCUGCGUCUUCGUGGACAUCAGAAGGAGGGUUAUGGGCUGUCUUGGAACCCAAACCUGAGCGGGCAUUUGCUCAGUGCUUCUGAUGAUCAUACCAUCUGCUUGUGGGAUAUUAGUGCUGUUCCAAAAGAAGGCAAAGUGGUGGAUGCAAAGACCAUCUUCACAGGGCAUACAGCAGUAGUAGAAGAUGUAUCCUGGCACCUGCUCCACGAAUCUCUUUUUGGAUCUGUUGCUGAUGAUCAGAAGCUUAUGAUUUGGGAUACUCGAUCAAAUAACACCUCCAAGCCUAGUCAUUCGGUGGAUGCUCACACUGCUGAAGUCAACUGCCUCUCUUUUAAUCCCUAUAGUGAAUUUAUCCUGGCUACGGGAUCAGCUGAUAAGACUGUUGCUCUGUGGGACUUGAGGAACCUGAAGCUGAAGCUGCACUCGUUUGAAUCACAUAAAGAUGAAAUAUUCCAGGUUCAGUGGUCUCCCCAUAACGAAACCAUACUGGCCUCCAGUGGCACUGACCGCAGGCUAAAUGUUUGGGACUUGAGUAAAAUUGGAGAAGAGCAGUCCCCUGAGGAUGCUGAGGAUGGCCCUCCAGAGCUGUUGUUUAUUCAUGGUGGUCACACUGCAAAGAUAUCUGAUUUCUCCUGGAAUCCAAAUGAACCCUGGGUAAUUUGUUCUGUAUCAGAAGAUAACAUCAUGCAAGUCUGGCAAAUGGCUGAGAACAUAUAUAAUGAUGAAGACCCUGAAGGAAGCGUGGAUCCAGAAGGUCAAGGAUCCUAGAUGAUGACCUUUUCCUGUUCUUAGUCUUUUCCCUUUCUUCCCUCUCAACCCUCAAAUUGAUUUAACACUGGUUUUGAGACACACGUAGACUUUGUGUUCAGCCAUCCUUAUGUAGAUACCAUCAACGAUGCUUUCUAGCCCAGACAGCGGGUACCACGCUGUAGCUUCUUGUUUGGAUUUCUUACAGCAACCUCUUGUGUAUAGAGCUGGCUAUCCCAUUUAGCCCAUUUUAGCUGCCUUUGUCACACAGAGCAACCUAUUUUUUUUUUAAGUCUUUCUGUCUUUGGCUUGCUACAGCUAUGGGUUUUUGCCUAAUUUAAAUAAAAGUUAAAUUGGUAGAGCUGCCAGAAUAUGCUUGAGUCAAUGCCAUACAGAGGAUAAAAGUGUUAAUUCCUAACAGUUCAGAAAGGGAGGGUGUGGGGGGUCUUGUCCUCUUCAGCAAGACUCAGAAGUCUUGGGGUUCCUGUAGUUAGUCCGACCUGUGUGGGUAUUUCUGCCUUUGCAGAUACAAAACAG